AAUAAUAAUAAUAAUAAUAAUAAUAAUAAUAAUAAUAAAGAAAAUAAUAGUGAGAGUGUGGGAUCCAUGACGGUGCGGUCUCCCCGCACGGCCCUCCCACCCUCCGACUUCCCCGAGCGCAGUUUUCUCAAAUGUAUAGAGAAGGAAAUUCAAGAUGAGGCGCUGCGUUUAGAUAAAGAAGAGGGGCCGCCCACACCGCCAGCGGGCUGGGAAAUGUAUCACGCCCCAGGCACCAGUCUCUUCUACGGUAGACGCUGCUGGCUACCACCAACAACAACAACAACAUCCACCACCACAUCUAAACAAUAUAAAUAUCAACAAGAAUAUGAAAAAGAUGGAAAAGAAGAAAGAAAAGAAGGAAAAGAAAAAGAAAAAGGAAAAGGAGAAGAAAGAAUGUUGGAACGGCACACUAUCCGUGUACAGCUUACUUCGCGAGAUCCUUCACUGGAUCCGGAGUGUGAUGUGCGUGGAGAACACUUUCCCUUUUCUCUCUUUAUUCAACACAUCCCAUCUUCUCAUGGUAUGUCUACAACUCUUUCACCCUAUAAAGUAGAGAAUAUGGAAGAAGAGGAACGUGGAUUAUAUGAAGAAAGUAUUGAAGUGCGAGCCGAUUUUGUAGAUGGGGAACUCAUUAUUGAUAAUGUGGUCUUUCAUGGCUCAUUCAAACCUCCAGCAUUAACAAAGAAACAGGAAGGAGGAGAAAGUGGAAGUGAGGCUUCUAAUCCAUCAUCAUCAUCAUCAUCAUCAUCAUCAUCAUCAUCCAAUUCUCAAAAAGAAGAAAAUAAACUGAAAGAAGAAGAAGAAGAAAAGGGAGAAAAAGAAAAGGAGGAGGAGGAGGAGGAGGUUGUACAUUACAGCAAUAUAUGUGGUGGUUAUCCCGGUCCUAACUUGGAUGAGGCGGAGGAAGAAGUGCUUGAUGGUUUACAGGCAUGGUUGGCGGAACGUUGUAUAGAUGAUCAAUUCGGGGAGUUUGUGGGGAAGUACUCUGUGUGGGUGGAACAGCAGGAGUAUGAGAUGUGGCUGCGGCAAUUGCGUGAUUUUGUAGCCGCUUAA